AAUUCCCCUCCCGGAGCCGGGGUCGCGGGGUCCUGACAUUCCUCCGGACCGGGCGCAUCUCGUUGGGGUCGGAGCAAAAGCCGAGGCGCCUGCAGUCCACACUCCCUCCCUAAUCGCACCCCGGUCUCCCAGGAAAACCUGGAUGCGUAAAAAGAGCACUCCCCGUCCACCCGCUGCUCCCAGGCGCAGGUAUCUUUUUGAGCUACUAACCAGGACUCAUUGGAAUGGCUCUAAAGGCCUCGGUGAACCCCCGAAUCUCAAGUGGUAAAGAUGUAAUUAUGUGGAGAGGCUUCCUUCAGACAUCAUCGUAGCGUGGAAUACAUCCGUCUUAGCUGCCACGUCUGAUAUGCCUCCGAAGGAGAAACGUGUGCUGACAUGGGAGUGAAGCCCAGAGUUGGUACGGAGUCACUCUUAAAGGCCUUUUCUUAGAAGAACAGUGGAAUGGAUGAAAUAAGGUGGUUUUACUAAAAACGUGAAGAGAUCUUGGUGAUAAGAUGUUAACUUAGUCAUUUCCCACGUGCUCUAAAAAGAUGGUUGUGCCUUCAGCAUUAUAACUGUCAUACGAUGGGCGAUAAUGAAGAAAUUUCCCUAGGAAGACAGGAGAAGGGACCCCACGUCUCAGCCCUGCGGACCGCCCUGCCCUGGAGUUUUCAUAAGGAGCCGUCGUCGCCCUCGGGUCGUGUUGGACGGUCACCGCUUCCUGGGAGCCUGCCGCUCGGGGGACAUAAUCCGUUCCGGGAUUAAGGGGCGGCUGUUCUGUCGCGAUGGGCUGCCUGCAACACCAUUUGGUGCGUCCGUAACUUCGUGCUCUGUCUAUGACCCAUCUGCGGGACUCCCUGGCCAGCCCGUCCCCUCUCCCAGGUCUUGGGCUCCCUGGAGAGCCCCCUCUCUCGGCGGCUGGCUUCACGGCGUCGUGUGCUUGGAGCUGUACCCCACAGACACCCGCGGAUGUGCAGUGAACAAUGUCGACACCCAAAGGGCUGUUAUGGCUUCCCCUGUUUUUCACGCCGGUGUGCAUCAUGGUGAACCCCCACGUCGUCCUGUGGAUCACCGCUCUCGCCAUCAAGUUCACCCUCAUCGACAGCCAGGCACAGUACCCCGUCGUCAGCACAAAUUAUGGCAAAAUCCGGGGCCUACGGACACCGUUGCCCAACGAAAUUCUGGGUCCAGUGGAGCAGUUCUUGGGGGUCCCUUACGCCUCGCCUCCCACUGGAGAGAGGCGGUUUCAGCCCCCCGAACCUCCGUCUUCGUGGACCGGGGUUCGGAAUGCCACGCAGUUCGCCGCCGUGUGUCCUCAGCACCUGGACGAGAGGUCGCUCUUGCACGACAUGCUGCCCAUAUGGUUCACUGCCAACUUGGAUACUCUCAUGACCUACGUUCAGGAUCAAAAUGAGGACUGCCUGUACUUGAACAUCUACGUGCCCACGGAAGACGGAGCCAACACAAAGAAAAACGCAGAUGAUAUAACCAGUAAUGACCGUGGUGAAGAUGAAGACAUCCAUGAUCAGAACAGUAAGAAGCCAGUUAUGGUCUACAUCCACGGUGGGUCGUAUAUGGAGGGGACAGGCAACAUGAUUGACGGGAGCAUUCUGGCCAGCUACGGGAAUGUCAUCGUGAUCACGAUUAACUACCGGCUGGGGAUUCUAGGAUUCUUAAGUACCGGCGACCAGGCGGCCAAGGGCAACUACGGGCUCCUGGACCAGAUCCAAGCCCUGCGGUGGGUCGAAGAGAAUGUCGGGGCCUUCGGCGGUGACCCGAAACGGGUGACCAUCUUCGGCUCAGGGGCAGGGGCCUCGUGCGUCAGUCUCUUGACCUUGUCCCACUAUUCGGAAGGUCUGUUCCAGAAGGCGAUCAUCCAGAGUGGGACCGCCCUGUCCAGCUGGGCAGUGAACUACCAACCUGCCAAGUACACUCGGAUAUUGGCAGACAAAGUCGGCUGUAACAUGCUGGACACGACAGACAUGGUGGAGUGCCUUCGGAACAAGAACUACAAGGAGCUCAUCCAGCAGACCAUCACCCCGGCCACGUACCACAUCUCAUUCGGCCCCGUGAUCGACGGGGACGUCAUCCCGGACGACCCUCAGAUCCUCAUGGAGCAGGGUGAGUUUCUGAACUACGACAUCAUGCUGGGCGUCAACCAGGGCGAAGGUUUGAAGUUCGUAGACGGCAUCGUGGACAAUGAGGACGGCGUGACGCCCAACGACUUCGACUUCUCCGUGUCCAACUUCGUGGACAACCUCUACGGUUAUCCGGAGGGGAAGGACACCUUGCGGGAGACCAUCAAGUUCAUGUACACGGACUGGGCAGACAAGGAGAACCCCGAGACGCGGCGGAAGACCCUGGUGGCUCUGUUUACGGACCACCAGUGGGUGGCCCCUGCCGUGGCCACGGCGGACCUGCACGCUCAGUAUGGCUCGCCCACCUACUUCUACGCAUUCUACCACCACUGCCAAAGCGAAAUGAAGCCCAGCUGGGCCGACUCGGCUCACGGCGACGAAGUCCCCUACGUCUUCGGGAUCCCCAUGAUUGGCCCUACAGAGCUCUUCAGCUGUAACUUCUCCAAGAACGACGUCAUGCUCAGCGCAGUGGUCAUGACCUACUGGACGAAUUUCGCCAAAACCGGAGACCCUAACCAGCCCGUCCCUCAGGACACCAAGUUCAUCCACACGAAACCCAACCGCUUCGAGGAGGUGGCCUGGUCCAAGUACAACCCGAAGGACCAGCUGUACCUGCACAUCGGCCUGAAGCCCCGCGUGCGUGAUCACUACCGCGCCACCAAGGUGGCCUUCUGGCUGGAGCUCGUCCCUCACCUGCACAACCUCAACGAGAUAUUCCAGUACGUGUCGACGACCACCAAGGUCCCUCCCCCCGACAUGACGUCAUUCCCCUACGGAACCCGGCGGUCUCCGGCCAAGAUCUGGCCCACGACCAAGCGGCCGGCCAUCACGCCGGCCAACAACCCCAAGAACGCCAAGGACCCUCAUAAAACGGGGCCCGAGGACACCACCGUCCUCAUCGAAACCAAACGGGACUACUCCACGGAGCUGAGCGUCACCAUCGCCGUGGGCGCGUCCUUGCUGUUCCUCAACAUCCUGGCCUUCGCCGCGCUGUACUACAAGAAGGACAAGAGACGCCACGAGACGCACAGGCGCCCCAGUCCCCAGAGGAACACGACGAACGACAUCGCCCACAUGCAGAACGAGGAGAUCAUGUCGCUGCAGAUGAAGCAGCUGGAGCGCGACCACGAGUGCGAGUCCCUGCAGGCGCACGACACGCUCAGGCUCACGUGCCCGCCCGACUACACGCUCACGCUGCGGCGCUCCCCGGAUGACAUCCCGCUCAUGACUCCCAACACCAUCACCAUGAUCCCGAACACGCUGACGGGGAUGCAGCCCCUACACACGUUCAACACCUUCAGCGGGGGACAGAACAGUACGAAUUUACCCCACGGACAUUCGACCACCAGAGUAUAGCUUCGCGGGCCCCUCCCCCUCCCCUCGGUCCCUCCGACAGCGACAUCCACGGAAGAGAGAAGAGAGCGGAGGAAGCAGCAUCUCUCCCGAGGGACGUUUUCCCCGCCCGCGGACCUUGGACAGACGGGGCGCGCAAGGUCGGCCAUCGUGUCUCUGCGGACCCAGCAGCACCUUGGCGCUUCCCGUGCGACAGGAGCGACUUCGGACCCCGACGAAAUGGGAAACGGACAUGUUGCUGUCACGAUACCCCUGGAGCGUCACCGCCACCCCAGCGGGCGUGGACCGAGACGAGGACAUCGCCCUUUCACGCACCUGGGCGUUCCCAGCGUGACAGCGGGAGCUGACCCUUCUGGAACUUCGCUGGGGACACGUAAUGUCUUUUUUUUUUUCUUUUUUUUUUUUUUUAAACAGAAUAUCAAAAAAUAAAAAACAAAAGUUCUUUACGUGCCAUACGACAGAUGGCUCUCCUUGAGUGAAGACAGAGUGUGUGGGGGCUUUUACCCAGCAGAUGCAGCUGUGAUCCGGCGAGAAAGAAAAGCGAAAUUUUAUUAUUAAAAUAAAAGAACUGACUAUGCAGUAACGUACGUACAGCUCUGUGCGAAGAGAUCUUUUGCCAGCCUGAACUGUGUUUAAGAAACUUUGUACGAAAAAAAAAAAAAACCACAAACAAAAAGAUGUAUAUAGCUGUGAAUUUAAACACACACAAACACACACACACACACACACAGAGAACAGAACAAAACAGCUUUUAUUGGUGUUUUCAGUUUCAAAGAGCUUAUAGCAAGAUUGUGGUCUGUACGUAUAUAAAUAUCUAUAUGCAUUAGUCAUAGCACCUCUGUUCCCUCUAGGACACGGGGGGGCCUUUCUUAAUUACUCGUGGAAAAGGAAGACAUGGGCUUCUGUAUCGCGUAUCAUUUGUAGCAGGACGUGAUGUCACACGGGGCACUGGGACCGCCUGUGUGACCGGGCUGUCCCCCGUUUCCAGGAUGCACACGUGCAUGCGACGGCGUUCUUAGGAGACUGUUCUUUUAGGGACCUUUCAUUUUCUUCUUUUUUUUUUUUCCUCUGUGUUCUGCCUUCAUGGAGUCGCAACACGAACACGGGUCCCCAGAGCGGAGCCCGUGGACAGCCCCGUGGGAUCGGAGAUGCGCGCGCGGCAGAGCCACGGGCAGGAGAAACACAGAUCUCCUUCUGUCGCUCUGCUUCUUUGAGAAGGUUUGGGAAGGGCUGCCUGUCACCCCAGGGUCCUGCCAAAAAGGAAAGAAAGCUUGCCUUUGGUGGGGCCCCCUCCGUGCCAUCAACACGGCUCUGUUUUCCCGGCAGCUGCAGAAAGCUCUGGAUGGUGCAGUAUUCAGUCAGCGGAGCUAAUCACGUGGAAGCGGGGCUGGUGUCUUUCCUUUUGUGUGUGUGAGCAGUAAGUCUCUUAUUUAUCAGUAAGCAGGGUUUUUUUUAAUUCUUGACAUCGUUCGUGGGAUAAGACAUAUGCUUGUCGGAAAAUAUUACUUUUCGUGGAUUUGUGUCUCUGUCACUGAUCAAUGAAUGGGACAGAAAGAGAACACACAAACAGAAAGGGGUACAGACCAUUAAAAGGGGUCUGCCUGGGCUUUCUGGGAGGUUAGCAUAGCUUCACUGUCGACAUAACGUAUGGAAACCGUUCAUUCACCUGUUUUACACUGGCGGGCUGGGGACCAGACAUUUGUCCCUUCUACACUUAGUCUUUUUCCCAUUGUCCCUUUCAUCUUCCAUAAAAAACAAACAAACAAAAAAUACUUUCAGUGUCGUCAAGUGGAAGGAAAAAAGCAGUCACAGUGGCUUUCUAUUCUGCCUCUCAAAAAUUAUCGCAACCUCAGCGAAGAGUAGCCAAAGAUAUUUGAUGAUAAUAUCUUUGUCUUCAUCGUAGACACCCAGUCACAGCCUGGGCACGGCGGGCACGCUGCACAGAGGUCCCCCCGCACCCCGCGUCCCUGCCCCUUUCCUCAGCCUCGAAUCCCGAACCCCUAAACUAAAACACUAGUCCUCUGUAUCAGUGUUUGAAAAGGCCCCUCUCGGAAAAGCCAGUUCUUACACAUGCAUAAAAGUCACACGCUAAACUCAGCCAUUCAUCUCGCUUGCCUUGGCGACCGAUUCUCUGUAUAUACAUGUGUGUGAAAUCGUAGAACCCCCCACUUGGCACACAGUGAGGAGACGCUUCUGCCGCCAGAGGUAUCAUGGAUGAGAUGUUUGUUCCCAGUCUUCGAAAGCCACUGUCAGACCGUUCCUGCCCGCUCUGUACUAUUUCCCGGCUGGGCUACCACAAAAUAGACUGUCCAUCAUAUCACAGAGGAGGUGAUGCUUGCCAUCGAUGUUGGUCCGGUAUGUUUGUAAUGUGAAUUCCAGUAUUUCUUUCGUGUUUCCAAUUGUCUUCUGCUAGCAAUAUGCACAGUAAUGUAUCAGGCUUGUGACAUUUGGAUAAGGAAAAAAAACAAAACAAAAAAAAAACAGAGUUCUUGUUAAGUGAAUAACUUUAGCUUUUACAGAGGAUUAUGCUCAAAAGCAAUUUAAUACACCUUAAACGAUAUCUUAUUUCUACAUGGAAAGAAGUUAUAGAGUCUUCAUAGAGUUCUAUGAGAAUAAAAUAUACUUGCUAUCUAGAAAAAAGAGAAAAAAAAUGAGAAAAAAAAUAAGUAAAAAAAAAAAAAAUACUUUCUUAGGCUUUUAUUCUCGACCUUCACAGGCACGCAGGGUUUAAUGGUUUCUUGGGUUAUUAUUUUGCAAUUUUGUUUUUGAUUUUGCCUUAAGUAAUGAUAGAAGAUAUAUAUGGCUGGACACAUAUGUAUAAACUUUUCAGCAGCAUUUUUAAUAAUAAAAUAUCACAGUAUUUUCUAA